CGUACACAAUUCUUUGUGGAGCAAAUAAGUUAAGUUGUGUGGAUAGAAAAUUUAUAAAUAAUUCGAUUAAAUUGCAAGGAAUUGAAAUGUUUCUUUUUUGUGCUAUAGCUAUGAGUAUGAUUGGUUUUACAGGAAGCCUAGCGCCUGAUGAUGUUUGUGCCAAUGUGCAGAAAAUCGAAGAUGCUUUCAACAGGUCAGACUGCGAGCCCAUCAAAUACAGAACGAUUACAAACGACUCAUGCACAACUGUAAACGAGUUGCUGCAUUGCGUUGCUGAAUCCAUUUAUGGCUACAGAGAGCGAGAACAUAGAGAGGCUUGUGUUCUGCACAUGCGCACUGCCAUCCAGGACAGACACAUAGACUCGAUGUUUCCAGAAUGGCCAUUUAAGUGGAAAGUUUGUAGCAAGAAAUGGUGCGAAAUCGGACACGAAUACACAGAAGAUCAAUUCAGUUGUAUUUUCUGGUGCGUUGGGGGUCCUGCAGCUAUAGGAAUAGGCGGAGUUCUAGCUCUUAUAGGCCUAGUUACGUUUGGUCUGCCAGCUCUAGGUUUUACGGCUGCGGGAAUAAUGGCUAAAUCCAUUGCCGCCUCCCUAAUGGCCUGGUGGGGCGGUGCAGUACCUGCAGGCGGCAUCAUCGCCACCCUGCAGUCUAUUGCAGUGUUAGGAAUCGGGUACAAGGCAAUUUUGGGCUCGUUUCUUACAACAGCUGCUAUCUCAAGAGGUGCGAUGGACUGCAAUUGCUGCGAAAAGUAAUCUAUAUAUAUAUAUAUAUAAAGAGCUACUGCAGUAUACUGACGUAAUAUCUGUAGCAAAAAAGUGUUUACUCAGAAAUACGUAUUCAAUUCAUUACAUGUAAAUUAGUUUACCAAUUAGUGAUCAACUUAAGUGCAAACUUGAAAUAACUUUCAGUUUCAUAUAGAAAGAAAAUGCUUUAAUAUGGUGCCAUAUAACUGCCAUAAGAUAACAUAUAAACGUUUGCGAAUUGUUUCGUGUUAACCACUUAAUUUUCGCGAUAAUUAUUAAGCUUUCUAUUUAAUAUUCGCGAUACAGUUAUUAUGUUACUAAUUAAGUUGAAUUUGCAAACUAUAACUAGUAAACCUGUUAGUGUUGUAUAGCUAAAAAGGGUAAAAGGUGGCUGCUCUGAGCAUUUUCAAGUCUCUUUUAGUCUUCUGAUAUUUAUCGUUCCAAAAAGAUUCGCGAAUAUUGACUAAAUAUUUAUCGCGAAGAUUAAGUAGCUAACACUUAACAAUUCGCAAACGCUAUCAGGUUAUCUUACGGCAGUAAUUUGCAACUAUAAGUUAAUUAUCGACUAAUUUAUGUUCCUAGUCUCAAUAUUAUUUAACCUCUGUUUGCAUUAAACGAAACAAACAACAGCACAACUGUAAGGCCACACCAAAUGAGUGUUUCUUUCCGCGGAUUAACCGAAUUCGACCUAAUUACAUAAGGUCUAAAAAGAUGUAUUGAUUUCAUUUUCGACCAAAUAUAUUGACAAAAAUAAUGGCGAGCAAAUAUCUGGUCAAAAGUAGCGAUCAGUGUAGAAUGAAACACUGGUUCAGAGAGACCAAACGAUGUUUUAAUGUCAUUUUCGACCAAAUAUAUUAACAAAAACAAUGGCGAACAAAUAUCUGGUCAAAAGUAGCGAUCAGUGAAGAAUGAAACACUGGUUCAGAGCGACCAAACAAGGGUUAGCUUAAUUUAAGUUAAUUACAUUGAAUUGUGUUUUCUUUUAAAGCAUGAUCUGGGAUAAAUUAAACAAUACUUGACCUUAAUCGUAUUCUGAACAUACUUAUGUUGUUUAUGUCUUAAAGCAGAUGCCAUUGCAUUUACUGCGAUAUUUUAAAAGAAUUUGAAUGAAGAAAUGAAAAUGUAUAUAGACUGCUUAUCAUUUUGUUGCUUCCUGUGUAAAAACAUGUUAAUUGGUCUUAUUUCGAAAAUUUAAAAUGACCACUGAGUACGGGCCCUCCGACAAAUAUGCAGAAGCAGACUUUCAUAAUACAGACGUUAUACUUGACAAUCGGAUAUAAAUAUGCAUGGAAGGUGGUACAACAUGGCAACAAAAGAAAGUAUAACAUUAAAUGAGUUCAUUAUUAUUAAAUGAAUGCAAUGUAUGAUUCUGCUAGGUAUAGUUUUAUGUCAAAACUUUGAAAUUAAAAAAACGACGUCUGCUUAGAUCAAAUGUCAAAACACAAUGAAUUAUGUUUUUUUUCUUCCUUUGUCCAUUAAGAAUCACCUGUUUUAAUGAAGUAUUAUUAUUGAUAUAAUAGCCUUAGAUUUUAUCUCAAUGAACUAAUAUCCUUAAUAAAUGAAAUGAAAAACAACAAGCAACCUAUAGGAAGGAAUGGCUAUAAUCAUUCUAAACUCACAUGUUUAUACUGUGAUUUGCGUUAUUUACAAAGAUGAAUUUGUUUUAUCUA